UGCAGCUAAUCGCGUCAAAGCGGCGGAACGACAAGCGCGCAUAAGGGAACGUUUGGUUUCUUCAUAGCCGUCUGCGUCCUUACACAUCAAAAUACACCACCAUCCCAAUAUUCAUGAACCCGACAGAUCCACUGCUACCCUACUACUAUGAACACGAUCCCCAAAUCAUUGGCGGCAUUAAAGUGCCGCCCAUAACUGAUGAUUGGGUUGAAAAUUACCCCAGUGUCGUUGACCGUUUUUUUACACGCUACUAUUACAUCAAAGAAGGCGCAGAACCAGCGCCUUAUCAAGUACUCUUUCAUUCAAAUCGUGUUUGCUUAAUUUGCUUAGCUCCGGAACAUCCAGCAUUAAAAGCGGGCAUUAAAUCAUUGACCUUUGAUAUUGGAAAUACGGAUCGCAGCAAAAAUACGGUGAAAGGAAAAGGUAAGAAGGGCGGUAUGGUGCUGCAGCAUGACUCAACAUUAGCAAUACUGACCACAGAGCAGGACAAAACCUAUAAGAUACCCAGUUGUGUACAAAGCAAACUAGUUGAAGUAAACACAAAAUGGGUUGACGAACCAAAAGGAUUGGAAACUGCUGCCGAAGGCGAAGGCUAUGUGGCCAUUGUAUUGCCAAAACCUGAGGAUUGUGAAAAUAUUAAGCGAAUUUUAUUGACACAAGAACGAUACAAUGAAAAAUGGAAUGCGGUAAAACAAAUUUGAGGAGCGGUGGAAAUAGUGCAUGCCGCUCAUAGGUACUGCUCGAAGAAAGGUUUUGUCAUAUUUUUAAACCUGCAAUUUUUUAACAUUUAUUUGGUUAUCUAACGUUAGCAUUUCCCAAUAAAUUUGUUUAAUUGUUCUUAAAGUA